AUGGCAUCCAGGGAAACAACACCUUCAGAUCUGGGUGAAGAUCUCCAGCCCAUCAGGUUCCCAGCAUAUGUCAGAAAGGCAUUCAGAUUGGAUUCUGUCAGAACACCAGGGGGGCUGAACAUCCAAUUUGAGCAACUCCUUUUAGAAGGCAAGAAUGAUGAUGGCAGAUAUUACAAGCUUGAUACUGCAGACAUGAAAACCAACCUGUCUGGUGAUGAUGCAGGCAUCUCCCUCCACAGGGACUUUGACUCUAUCAUUGGGUUCUAUCAGGGGUUGCCAUUAUUCGACAGUGUGGAGCUUUCCCUUGUCCCUCGUCCUAUGGAUUCUCUCUCUGGUUCCACCAAUCUGCAUGUGAAGCUUCCAGAUCAUCUAUUCGAGAUUAACUGUGAACCUGGGGACCAUGUGACAGCACCAAAUAAGAUUGCCAACUAUUGCCUUGGCAAUUAUUCAAAAAAUGGCCUCAUUAGAAUUUUUUUCCCAUACUUCACCCCUUCCACAACCCCACCUGGCCCAACCCACACAAAUAACACCAACAACUCCAACAAUACCGACAAUGACAACGAUGGCAACAACAACGGCAACAACAACGGCAACAACAACAACGGCAACAACAACAACAACAACAGGGUCAGCGAGACUUAUAUUGCGGAAUUCUACGAUGAAAUCCUGCGUCCAGCUUUGAUUCAUAUCCUUCCACAUUCCUCGCCUUCAUUUCCCCCUUAUCGGCUCUUGGGUGGCAUCCUCUCCCGCACCAAGGAUGGCAAGCUGGUGGGUGGGAAGCGUCUGGUUUCUGCUGCUCUGCUAGGUGAACUGGUGGAACAUAUGAGAGAUUGCCUGGAGAGGAAGAAGGAACGCUUCGAAUGGGCUCGCAGCUUCUUCUUUGGCCUUGAGAUCAAGGGAAUCAAACUCAGCACCACACAUCCUGUCCCUUUUAACAAUGGCACAGAGGAAGGGCAGGGUUCCAGUGAAGAGGAUCAAGAGACGAUCUUCAGACAACUUAUCCUGGGGAUGUUUCACAGUGGACUCACAUCUCUAGAACAGCAAAGCACGUGGGUGGAUGUGGGGCUCGAAAUAAGCAGGAAGGCCCAUGUUCUUCACUGGGAUGCAUCAGAGCACCACCGAAUUCUUCAGGUCCUUGCCACAGGGUAUCAGGGGGAUGUGGAAAGACAAUGGACACAGCCUGGAAGGGAGGGGUAUUUCUGCGACAUUCAAGCAGGAAUCCUAUCUCUGGCUGGAGGACGUUGUGCAUUGCCUCAUCUCCCCCGCUUACCCAUUUAUGCACAAUGGUAUGCGUCGGAGAAGGGGGUUUGUAGGAGAGCUGACAGGUUUGACCCUAUGCUGGGAAUCACGAAAAAGAACGUGUUUGGAGAAAAAACCAAGGAUAAACUGAGAGUGGAAUUCGAUAAUCUGGAGGAAGUGUGGAAUUCAGCUCAUCAUGAGAGGACGGAAGGGACGGCAAGAUUGGAGAUACGCGUUCCCCUUCGAAAAGCCAAAAAUUCCCUGAGAACAGUGACAAAGGAGUUCAUCGAGCAGUGCACCAUCUCAGUGCCUGCAGAUCGGUGGUGGCUAUUCAAGCUUCUGAUGGCUCGUGCAUGUCGUCAGGUCAUUGAGGCUCAGAUGAAUGGGACCCCCCGGUCUAGACUGGCACGACAUGCUCUGGAGCUCAGUGCUGCACUCACAUGGCGGAUCAACAUGCUGAACAGGAGACCAGCAGCAGGUUCAUCAGAGCACCAGCUCAUGUGUGCUUCCCUCCCUGUCACCGACAACUUCUCCCACCCAGAUCUGUUAGAUGGACGUGACAGGAAUCCAUGGAGGGCGCAGGCGGAAAAUGAAGAAUACCGCCCAUUUGCCUCGGGAAAUGUCAUCUGGUUCAGGGACAUCGAUUACAACCUGAACAUGACAGAUGAUUGGCAUAGGCCAAUUUCCCCUGGAUUCAAAGCACGAGCCACACUUGGAUUGGGACGGCGUCGGCUACUGCUGGAUCGGUAUCUCAAACACCUCUCCGGCUUUACCAUCGACGAGCUCGAAAGAAUACUUUCAACUACCCCCUACAUCACACCACCUGCUCCUUUCCGUCUACCAAGACCUAACCACACACUUCCACCAGAUCUGCCGGAAUCACUAGAUGAGCUGCUAGCAAAUGCUCAUAUCAAAUUGAAGGAGAGCGCUACCAAGCACCUGAAGGAUUCUUUCCCCAACUCGGAUAACAGUGAUGGGGUCCCUCAGCUCGUUCAAGGGACCACAAACCUGGUAUUGACCAAGAAUAUCCAGCAGAUCCUCGACUUUUACUUUUCCAACGUGCUGCAGACCAUCCCUGUCCCCCAGACGCAAUCCCCAGAGCUGUUCUACCAUACUGUCCGUAAUCCAGACAGUCCAGUUGCACACCCUGGUAUAGGGUACUUUAAAGAACCUGAUCUUUUCCGCAGUGGAUUCACCGGAGCUCACAUCAGGAAGCGCAACCCCCCAGAGUUCCAUGUAGCGUUCCAGCUCUCUUUCCCACCAGCUGACCUGAAAUGGGAAGAAGCAAGGAUGAAGGGGACAUACAAUAGGGAGAGGAGAGGAGGCCAACCCAUGAGAUAUGGGGAUGAGAGAGAGCAAGGGUUGAUAGAGUACAAAAAUGGUGGUAGGGGUUGGAAGCGGCAUUCGUUUCAUGCUGCCUGGUGGGAAUUCAUCCAGAGAUUCGACUAUACUGGUGGCGAUCGUAUUAGGGAGAAGGUCUGGAAGAAUGUGUACUCCAAACUUGUUUGGGCACCCUAUUCUGACCUUUCACGAAUGUGGUACACAACAUCCAACGCCAAAAGUGCAGAGACCUUCCCUGCAGAUAUGGCAGGUCAAAGGCUUCCCAUAAUCAUUCUCAAUCCUUUGAUCGAUGAUAAGGCUAUGUGGGAUGGAUCUUUGAUUAGGAGGAGGGAAUGGGUGUCACCGACCCUGUAG